CCACAGCAAUAAGACCCUUGAGGACCAAUAGAAGGACGGCAUUGGACCAAUUUCCUCCAUGUGUGGACACCGAGCCACACAGCUUUCGCAUCCGAUCUAGCACAGUAAAGAAAAUGCUGCUCUCUGCAUUUCCUCCGCAGAAUCCAUUACCAUUAUCCAAUCCCACCCACCCACCUCCACCCCCACCCCAUCACCACCAACCUACCCUCCUCUUCUCCCCUACCUUCUACAAAGCAGCAACUACAGUUACUCACGCUUCUUCACAGAGACUACCACCACUUGCUCUCACCACUGCCGCCGCUACCUCCUCCACCUAUACUUCUCUCCGGCACGUCAGCGGCACGUGCUCCGAUGAUGAUUCCGACGGCGAUGGAGACUGUAUGGUUUCGUCGGCGUCAGCUGUUGCUGCGGCCAUACGGAAUGCUUCGACUUCACCGGUGGAGUUCGUGCAGAGGAUUGAAAAGGAUGACGGAGGCUUGGUAUUACCGAGUUCUGAUUUCAAGAGACUUUGCGUUGAACAAUUCGACCUCUUUCGCCGUAUAGUCCAUCCUCAGUCUGUUCUUUCCGUUUAUGUAAGACCAGCAGGUAGUUAUGUAAUGGACCAGCUAGAGUUGCGUCGCAUUACUUUUCAUCCACGUGUUAAUGCAACUGAUCUUGUGAUUCUAACUGGUAACUUUAGCAUUCCUGCGGGCUUAAGAGCGGCUGAAGCAGCUCUUUCGAGACAAGAGGCAGAAUUACUUCCUGAGCUUGGAGCUGUGGUGUUCCCUAUGGUAAAACACCCAUUUAUUGUUGGGUUUUUAGUUGCGGAACUCCCAAGAACUGCAUUUGAUAAGGGUGGGUUUAAUGUGAAAGCAUGGCCUGGCCAGGAGGAGUUCUAUUCCUUGCCUCCUAGCACGGAUUUGAAAUCGUUGAAUAUCCAAACUUCAACUGACCACUCCUUUGAGAUGUUAAAAUUCACAGCUGAGCAAAGAUUAAAUGCUAUAAAUAUUUCCCGUUCACUUGCAAUGGCUUAUGUCAUGGAUCAGAAAGCAAUUUUGCUCCAACAGUCCACCUGGCAAAAUAAUAUCAGGAUGAGCAAUUUGGUUGAGCAAAUUCGGGGUUCGCUUUCCAGUAUUCGAACUUUGAGUAAGAUGUUAUCUUCUCAGAUUAGAAAGAGUGAGAUUUCAUAUGAUAUUGUUCAAGACAUCUUGGAGCAAGGUGAUUGCUUGAGUGAUUCUCUUAAGGGACUCCAGGAUGCUGUUUCCCUAACAAAGGCUAAUAUAAUGCGUUAUAGUGAAGAAACAUUGAAAAAGAUGCCUAAAUCAACUCAUCCUGGUCGUGAGUCGGUGAGGUCUCAGUUAUCCAGUAACUUGUCUGAGGAGCAAGAAUCUCUCUCUUUAAAAUCCAAGGAUCUAGAAAUGCCGAUGCCACCUCUUGCUCUAGCACCUUUACGCCAGGAAGGAAUCAGACCAUGCAAUGUUUCUGAUGUACUGGUGGAUUUGGUGGGAGCAGUGGCGCCUUUAGCACACGAGCAGAGGAGAGCUGUUUUACUUUCUGAGGUUCCGAGAACUUUACAGGUGCCCAUUGAAGAGCCUGCUUUACGACAGGCAUUGGGUAAUCUGAUCGAGGGUGCUUUAUUGCGUAUACAAGCUGGUGGAAAGGUUGAAAUUGUUGCCACUGGAGCACCUGCAGGGGGUGCUCUUGUUAUAAUUGAUGAUGAUGGCCUUGAUAUGCACUAUAUGACACAGAUGCACUCUCUAGCACCUUUUGGGGCAGAUCUAUUUUCUGAAGAUAAGGUAGAGGAUAACAUGACAUGGAAUUUUGUGGCUGGACUAACUGUUUCACGAGAAAUAUUGGAGAGUUAUGGAUGUGUCGUGCGGGUGAUCUCACCAAGAUUAACAGAUGCUGCAAUUGGAACUGGGGGAACCCGUGUAGAACUCUGGUUUCCCUCUUUAUCUUCUUCAUCUGUCGUAAAUGGCCCUUCUCAUGAGGAUUAACAAAUACUGGGAACUCCACUGUCAUUCAUUCAGUUGUUGAAAGAACAUGAACAUACAAAAAAUUUCCUGCUUAAUCCUCUGCGGAUGCUGAGAUGGAAAAAUUUAAAAGAGCAUGUACUUUUCUGAUUCAUCUAGAGACACAAAUUUACCAAAUGACUAACUUCUCUCCUACUGGAACUGAGCAAAAUGUGGAAGGUAUAGCGAAUGAUACUAGAAGGCUCCUUUUGGCUUUGUCAACCGCUUUCUCUCGUUGUUCAAGCCUUCUACAGAAAAAACAAUGCAAGAAGACUCUUUUGUAUAUAUUAUAGCGUAGUAGCUGUUCCCUUUUACGGUCUAUUAUCUGUUGUGUUGCUCACAAUAUUUUGAUUGACUAUGGACCAGUUACAUGGACAGAAUUCGCCAGUUGUAUAGAUCAGUAUACGUCUACAGAUGCUCCAGAUGAAACUUUUUGCAUUGCUGGGA